ACAAUUAGCGAUGACAUGUAUCAAUUCAUGACACAAGUAAAGGAGACAGUAACGUGUGGGCUGGUGGGUGGUUCGGAUCUCAAGAAAAUAGCUGAGCAAAUAGGUGGUAUGGAUGCACUAUUCAAGUUUCAAUAUGUUUUUGCUGAGAAUGGUUUAGUGGCUUAUGAGAGUGGUAAUCUUAUUAAUAAAGAGUGUAUCCAAAGCCACAUGGGAGAAGAAAAACUACAGAAGUUCAUUAAUUUUUCCUUGCGAUACAUGUCUGACAUCACCUUGCCUGUAAAGCGUGGAACAUUCAUAGAGUUUCGCAAUGGUCUCAUCAAUGUUUGUCCAGUUGGUCGCAGCUGUUCACAGGAAGAACGAGACCAGUUUGGUGAAUAUGACAAAGAACACCGCAUCAGAGAAAAGUUCAUUCAGGCUUUAGAAGCAGAGUUUCCCGAUUCUGGAUUGGCUUUCUCCAUCGGUGGCCAAAUUAGCUUUGAUGUUUUUCCAAAAGGAUGGGACAAAACCUACUGUUUACGUUUUGUCGAAAAGGAUUUUGACACUAUUCACUUCUUUGGGGACAAGACAGAUAAAGGUGGUAACGACUAUGAAAUUUAUAAUGAUCAUCGCACCAUUGGCCACAAAGUUACUUCUCCCGAUGACACCAAAGCCCAGCUUAAGGAACUUCUGGGCCUUUAACAUGAUCUGCUUUUACAUGACCUUGUUACCAUGUACUGUUAUUGCCUAAUGUAGCUUGAAGAAAACUUUAAAUGAUGUCACAUGCAUUACCCUGAUUUUUUUUUAGGUGAUUAGAGUCAAAACCUAAAUCUUCUAUUAAUUACAUUAAAAAUAUUUGUUCAGUAUGUGCAUGAAAAAAGAGAAGGUAUCUAGAAUUAUCAGAGAUCAUGCAUAGCUUCCUCUUGUAAGGAAAAAAGAGGACGAGUGAAUGUAAAAAAAUUAAGGGGAUAAGCCUGUUGAGAAUACUGGGUAAUUUGUAAAGUUGAGUUAUUGAUAAAGUUAGAAGUAAGACAAAUUAGAAUUGCAGAGGGUAGGGGAUGUGUAAACCAAGUGUUUACAGUGAUGCAUAUAAGUGAACAGUACUGAGAUAUGAAUAAAGAGCUGUUGCAUUUAUGAAUUUAGAUAAGGUAUGUGGUAAGGUUGAUAGGGAAGAUGUGUUGCAAAAUGUUUGGAGGUGGGGAGAACAGUACCUGCAAUCUGAAGGACUUGUGAGGAUGUUGCAGUCAUGGGGUAAUCUGAACCAUGAUGUCAGCACACUUGGAAUAACAGAGAUUGAAUGAAUGAUGGUGAAUAUUUUUUUUCUGGAUCACCUACUUUUGUAGGAGAUGGCCACUGAGGUAAAAAAAAAAAUUAUUUUUAUGAAUAGAGACCAUGUGUGAUUAUUUUAUGAAUUUUAUUUUUACAACUGUCUUUAAAAUAAGUUUUUGUUUAUUUUAACUGUUCAUGCUGCUGUCGCUGGCUGGUCUUCACUCUUCUGCAUCUUCCUUAGAAAUUAUUAAUAUAUUACGAUGUUGUGUUUUGCACCCCACUUUUGCUUAUUCCAUAAGGCACGUGUAUUAUAUUUAGAAACCAUCACAAACUUUUUCAUUUAUCUUGUAUUAAAUAUUGAAGUGAA